AUGGUAGGAUCCAAAUCAUCUGACAGAAUAUUUGGAGGUAAGUAUGUGAUUAGCACAAGUCCUUCUGAGUUGGAACAAUUUUCGAACUGGAUAUUAAAACCCGGGGAUGGAAAGUUAGCAAAAUCUGAUGAUGGUUAUGCAGAGAUUGAUAUUCCUCCAGAAUUGUUGAUCACAGAUUUUGAUGAUCCACUUCAAGCAAUAUUUCAAAACACAUAUCCAAAUUUUGGUGUUAAUUACCAUAAUGAAACAUUCUUGCAAUCAAGGGCAAUAUUGGCUGGAACCAUUGAGACUGUUGAUCUAAUAAAACAAUAUGUAUUAGAAUUUCUACCAGGCGAACAAAAGGAAUAUUUAUCUUUUGAUUCAGUUGAUACAUUUGGUGGUGACGCCAAUGAAUCUUUUGAUGUUUUUACUCCUGAGUUUUUGAAUACGCUCAGAAAUUAUGGUCUUCCCAAUCACAAGAUUAUAUUAAAGAUUGGUACUCCAAUAAUGCUUCUUAGAAAUAUUGAUCAAUCAGAAGAUUUGUGCAAUGGGACACGGCUCAUUCUUACAAGAUUGGCAGAUCAUGUUAUCGAAGCAAAAAUUAUUUCAGGCAAAAACAUCGGAGGUGUCGUAUAUAUUGCAAGAAUGAAUAUUACUCCUACUCAGUCCCUAUGGCCCUUCAAGAUGACUAGAAGGUAA